AUGGUCGUUGAAGCCCCAUCUUCAUCUAGCCAUGCUAGUGGAGACACCGUUGGAACUAGAAUCCCAAUAGUUCCCGAAGGUGAUAGAUUUGAUCAACAUAAAUUGGUAGUUUCAGAAAUUGCUCACAUCACACGUACUCAUUUGAAUGAGGGAAAACCGUCAUGGAAGAAAUUAUCAAAAGAGCAACGAGAUUCUUUCUUUGAUCUAUUUAAGUUUACAUGGCCACCCGAGCACAAGGUUACAGUGCGACGCAACUUUGAAAAAAGAAGUGCAGCUAAGAUGUCUCAAUUAAUGCAAGAUGUUCGGAGAGAUUUAGAGUAUAGGCCGAAAUAG